CCAGUCUGUCUAUCGCAUCUGCUGCAGGAAAGGCGGUCAAAGUAGCCGCUGGGAGAAGCAGCACUGGGUAAUAUUUGGAAAGCAAGGGGAGAGAAUACUAUCCGCUCCUGACGGUCAACUUCACCGCACCUGGAUCGUUCUUAUUUUUACUUAGGACAUAACUGGAAACACAAGUGUCUUGUUUUUUUUCUUUUAACUUGACCAAAAUGACUGGUAGCCCAGUGACAGGGCUGCUGGUUGCGCUGUGCGUAAGCAGCGCGGUCCAUUGUAUGCCAAAGAACCAAGGGAAAAACAAGAGACAAACUCAGGAACAAGUUUACCCCGAACUCGCAGACACAGUACCCCUUGCUCAAGGCUGCGAUGAGAACGGACAUUCUUACAGACUAAACGAUCAAUGGGAAAAGGCUUACCGCGGGAGUACACUGCUUUGUACCUGCAACGGAGCGGCAGGGAUCAAAUGUAAAACAAAACCCCAAGGGGAGGAGACCUGCUAUGACAAAUACAAUGACCAGACGUACCCUGUGGGUGCGACCUACGAGAGGGCGAAGGACGGCAUGAUGUGGGACUGCACCUGCAUCGGUUCCGCCCGCGGCAAAAUCAGCUGCACAAUCGGAAACCGCUGCCACGAGGGAGGCAGAUCCUACAAAAUCGGGGACACUUGGAGAAGGCCCCACGAGACCGGAGACUACAUGCUGGAUUGCGUCUGUCUGGGAAACGGCAAGGGAGAGUGGACCUGCAAACCCGUGUCGGAGCGUUGCUAUGACAACACAGGUGGAGCCUCCUACGUGGUGGGGCAGACCUGGGAGAAGCCGUACCAAGGCUGGAUGAUGAUCGACUGCACCUGUCUGGGGGAGGGCAACGGACGCAUCACCUGUACCUCUAGGAACCGUUGUAAUGACCAGGACACCAAGACCUCCUACCGCAUCGGAGACACAUGGACCAAGACAGAUGCUAACAGGCACCAACUCCAGUGUCUGUGUACAGGAAAUGGCAGAGGAGAGUGGAAGUGUGAGAGACACUCUGCCACUACUGGCACAGGUGUUAGUACAGGAACAGGUGUAGGAACAGCCCUCCACCCUCCCCCGAACCCCCAGGAGGGGGCUUGCCGCACGGACUCGGGCGCCACCUUCCACGUGGGCAUGCGCUGGAUCAGGACCCAGGGCAGCAAGCAGAUGCUGUGUACCUGCCAGGGUACUGGCGCUGUCAGCUGUGAGGAGAAGGAGGGCCAGAGCCAGGUGUACGGUGGGAACUCAGAAGGACAGGCCUGUGUGUUCCCCUUUGUGUUCAUGGAUAAGACCUACUACUCCUGUACCUCAGAGGGACGUACUGAUGGACAGCUGUGGUGCAGCACCACCUCUGACUACCAUAGAGACCAGCAGUACUCCUACUGUACCGAGAAGAACUCCCUGGUGUCGACCCGAGGGGGUAACUCCAAUGGUGCCCUGUGCCAGUUCCCCUUCCUCUACAACGGGCGUAACUACACUGACUGUACCGCCGAUGGGCGCCGCGAUGGCAUGAGGUGGUGCGGUACCACAACCAACUACGAAGGGGAGCAGCGCUACGGAUUCUGCCCCAUGGCUGCCCACGAGGAGGCCUGCACCACCAACGACGGGGUCAUGUACCGUGUGGGAGACCAGUGGGACAAACGCCACGAUGUCCUGGGUCACAUGAUGCAGUGUACCUGCUUGGGCAACAACCGCGGAGAGUGGAGCUGCAUCGCCUACUCCCAACUCAAAGACCAGUGCAUUGUGGAUGGGCUGACCUAUGAGGUGAGCCAGACCUUCACCAAGCUCCAUGACCAGGGCUACAUGAUGAAUUGCACCUGCUAUGGACAGGGACGCGGGCGCUGGAAGUGCGACGCCAUCGACCAGUGCCAGGAGCCUGAGAGCAGGGCGUUCUAUCAGAUUGGAGAGACCUGGGACAAAACCAUCCACCAAGUCCUCUACCGCUGCUAUUGCUACGGCAACGGUAUUGGUGAGAUGAGCUGCGAGCCACAGCAGACCUUCCCAGGUGGCCACCGCCCAGUCCAGGUGAUUAUCACAGAGGCAGGGAAGCAGCCUGACUCCCACCCCAUCCAGUGGAACGCCCCAGCCUCCUCACACAUCACCCAGUAUAUCCUCAAGUGGAGAGUGAAAAACACCCGUGCCCCCUGGAGAGAGGCCACCAUCCCAGGUAACCUGAACUCGUACACCAUCGCUGGGCUGCGGCCAGGUAUUACCUAUGAGGGUCAGCUGAUCAGCAUCUUGCGCUAUGGACGCCGCGAGGUCACCCGGUUUGACUUCACCACCACCUACGGCUCCCUUGGGGUGACCUCUGAAGGUGAGACGACCCAGCCUCCUCCCGUGGUGGACACGUCUGAGUCGGUGACAGAGAUCACGUCCAGUAGCUUCAUCAUCUCCUGGGUGUCAGCCUCCGACACCGUGUCAGGCUUCAGAGUGGAGUAUGAGCUGAGUGAGAACGGAGCCAAACCUCAGGUCCUGGACCUGCCCCGUACCACCACCUCUGUGAGCAUCAGUGACCUCCUGCCUGGCCGUAGAUACAACGUCAACGUGUAUGAGGUUUCCCCUCAGGGAGAACCCACCCUCAUCCUCACCACCUCUCAGACCACAGCUCCUGAUGCCCCUGCUGAACAUCAGAUCAACCAGGUGGGAGAAACCUCUAUCUCCAUCAGCUGGUCCAAGCCCCAGGCCCCCAUCACAGGCUACCGUUUGGUCUUCACCCCGUCAGUAGAGGGCAGCAGCACCGAGCUCAUCCUCCCAGACACUGAGACCUCCGUGACCCUGGUUGACCUUCAACCUGGCCUGCUCUACAACAUCAGCAUUUACGCUGUGGAGGAGAACCAGGAGAGCGAGCCCAUCUUCGUCCAGGUCAACACGGCCGGAGAGCCAGCACCAGAGGAAGUCCGCUCCCCUACCGACCUUCAGUUCUACGAGGUGUCUGACGUGAAAAUCAUCAUCACCUGGACCGGCCCUCCCAGCGAGGUGUCGGGUUACCGCGUGACCUACGCCCCCGUUACCCCCGGUGACACGCCCCAGAGGCCCCUGCAGCUGCCCAUGACGGCCAACGCGUACGCAGAGAUCACCCACCUGCAGCCCGGAACCCUGUACCGCUUCAACAUCUACGCCAUCAACGGAGGAGUGGAGAGCGAGCCGCUGACGGGAGAGAGAGCCACCAAGCCCGACGCCCCCACCAACCUGCGUUUCACUGACAUCGGCGAGGACGGUGUGAUAAUGAUCUGGGAGGCUCCCAGGGCUAGCAUCAGCGGCUACCGUCUGUUCCUGAGCGUGGAAGGCUCCAGCCCAACCCAGAAGAGAAUCCCCGGCGGUCAGACCCAGUUCCCUCUGCGAGGCCUCCGCCCCGACACAGACUACACCGUCAAACUGCACUCUGAGCAGGACAACGUGUUGAGUGAGGAAGUCAAUGGCAUCUUCACCACCUGUGACCCCAAAGAUGGGUAAUGCCCUCGCUUCACCACUGAUGUGACCGACACCUCCAUCAUCAUCUCCUGGACCCCUGUCAGCAGGUUCAGCUUCAGGCUGUCUGUGAGGCCCAGUCAGGGAGGAGAGUCACCCAGGGAAGUGACCUCUGACUCAGGAAGUAUCUUUGUGUCAGGCCUGACCCCUGGGACUGAGUACACUUACAGUGUACAGCCCAUUAUCAACGGACGUGACCGCGGCAACCCCAUCACUAAAAACGUUGUCACUCAACUGUCUCCCCCCACUGACCUCAGUACGCAGUCCAACGCGGACACGGGUGAGCUGACUGUCCUGUGGGGCGGCGCCAACACGCCAGACAUCACAGGCUACAGAGUGACAUGCACCCCGACCAAUGGGCAGCGAGGAAACUCCCUGGAGGAGUUAGUCCAGCCGGUCCAGAACCAGUUAAUCCUGGAGAACCUGAGUCCAGGAGUGGAGUACAACGUCUCUGUCUACACUGUCAAGGACAACCUGGAGAGUGUCCCUGUGUCCACCACUGUCACCCAAGACGUGCCCAAGCUAAACGACCUGGACUUUGUCGACGUCACCGACACCACUGUGGGCCUGCGCUGGACCGCCCUGGUAAACGUUAGCGCCAUCACCAGUUACCGGGUAACGGUUAUGGCGUCGGGCGAGAGUUUGCCCAUCAUCAUGGAUACGGUGGACUCGUCGACGGGCCAUUAUACGGUGCGCGGGCUGGAGCCCGGUGUGGAUUAUGACAUCAGUGUCACUACGAUAACGGAGGAAGGGGAGAGCGAGCCGGCCACACGCAGAACGCAAACCCAGACUGCCGUCCCCGCCCCCACCAACCUGAACUUCGGAGGGGUGGGCCCCGAUCACAUGAGGGUCAGCUGGACCGUCCCCAACGUCCCCACGCCCAGUGACAUCACACGCUUUGUCAUCCGCUUCCACCCCAGCAGCAACGACGACGAUGUCAAGGAGCUCAACGUGGGCGGAGCCACCAACACCUUCCUGCUGCAGAACCUGCUGCCCAACACAGAGUACAGGGUGAGCGUGGUGUGUGUUUACGAGGAGAGAGAAAGCGCACCAGUCACUGGCACUCAGAGAACAACCCUGGACUCUCCCACUGGCCUGGACUUUGCUGACGUCCUGACCAACUCCUUCACCAUCCACUGGCUGGCCCCCAGCGCCGUGAUCACCGGCUACCGUAUCCAUUACCAGAUGACCAGCGGAGGCAGGGCCAAGGACGAGAGACUGCCCCCGACCAGGAGCCACUUCACCCUGACUGGCCUGGCUCCCGAGACAGAGUACAGUGUUGAGGUCUACGCUGUCAGCGGGAACCAGGAGAGUCUGCCUCUCACUGGCACUCAGGCUACUAUCUCUGACGCCCCCACCGACCUGGAAGUGACCUCAACCAGCCCCACCAGCAUCACCAUCCGCUGGGACGCCCCCUCCGUCACCGUGAGGUACUACAGAAUCACCCACGGAGAGACAGGUGGAGAAAGCCCUGCUAAGGAGUUCACUGUCCCCGGCUCCCAGUCCGAGGCCACCAUCUCUAACCUGAACCCAGGGACAGACUACACCAUCACCGUCUACGCUGUGACAGGGAGAGGGGACAGCCCGGCCUCCAGCACACCCAUCUACGUCAGUCACAAGACUGACGUGGAGGGCCCCACCAACAUGGACGUGACUGAUGUGAAGGACAACACCAUCACAGUGCGCUGGUCCGCGGCCCAGGGCCCCAUCAAGGGCUACAGGGUCACCAGCGUCCCCAAGAAUGGACAGGGCCCCUCUUUCUCUGAGGUGGUGGCCCCUGAUCAGACCGAGAUUACGUUUACUGGCUUGAUGCCCACGGUGGAGUACGUUCUGAGUGUGACCGCUCUGGGAACCGAUGGAGAACCUUCCACACCUCUGGUAGAGAACGCCAUCACAGCAAUGGACCAUCCCAAGGCCCUAUCCUUCUCUGAGGUGGACUCCACCUCCCUGAGGAUCACAUGGGACAGUCCGGACGGCACGGUGACAUCAUACCGCGUGCUGUACUCCAGCCCUGAGGAGGGCGAGAGAGAGCUGCGCCCGGCGCCCAGAGGGACAGACGAUACCGUGGUACUGAGGAAUCUCCGCCCCGGCACAGAGUACACUGUUAAGGUCAUCGCUCUGCACGGACGCACCCCCAGCACCCCACUGGUGGGCACACAGGCCACAGCUAUCCCUGCUCCCACCAAUCUGGACAUCUCUGAGGUUGGUGACACCUCCUUCAUUGUCUCGUGGCGCUCCCGCUCCGGGCUGUCUGGGUACCGUGUGGUUGUCAACCCCAAGAACAACAAUGGACCCACCAAGGAGAUGACCAUCGCCCCAGACACCACGCGCGCCGUGGUCCCAGGACUCAUGGUGGCCACUCUGUACACAGUGCACGUUUACGCCCUGAAGAACUCUGUGACCAGCCGACCCCUGGAGGGAGAGGUCACCACGCUGGACAACAUCAGUCCUCCUCGGCGUGUGCGUAUCUCUGACGUGAAGGACUCGGCCAUCACGCUGACCUGGCGUGCUAAGGUUGAGACCAUCACCGGGUACCUUAUCGAAGCUCAGCCCCUCGGCGGCAGCCGCCCGAUCAAGAAGACAAUCCCCGGAGAGCAACGCACCUACACCAUCACUGGUCUGGAGCCAGGCACCUCCUACACUAUCCACAUCUACACCAUCAACGGCGAUGCACGCAGCGCCCCCUUCACCCUCACGGCCACCACAGCCAAACCAGCGGUGCAUUCCCCCACCAACCUCCAGUUCACCUCCCUGACCCCCAACUCCAUCUCCUUCAGCUGGGCCCCCGCCACGCGCAUCACAGGAUAUUACAUCACCUACGAGGAGGCAGGCAGGGCGCAGCCCCGUGAGCUUACCCCCCGCCCCCACGCUGGCCAGAACUACGCCACCAUCUCUGGUUUGAGACCAGGUACCGAGUACAUCAUCAAGAUCAUCGCUCUUCAGAAUGUCCAGAGAAGCACCCCAUUGGUGGGAACGGCCAGGACUCAACGUGAAUCCCUGCUUACACUGCCACUCCCCAACCGCCCCGGAGGCUACGACCACCUGGACGUGCCUGAAGAAAAGGAGAGCCGUGUCCCAACAGUAGUAGGUAACAACGGCCUAGACACCCUGGGGGGCCAGGGCCAGAACGUGGAGUACACUGAGUACAACAACCAGAACCCCCAGACACCCUAUGGGAAUGGCCAGACACCCUAUGGGAACGGCCAGACACCCUAUGGGAACGGCCAGACACCCCUGGUGUUUGUGCCCCUUCCGGACGCGGAGGGGCGCAGGGUGCCGGUGGUGAGCGUGAACGUGCCUGGUGGCUCUCCCUUUGGUUUUCCAGAGAAGGACACAGGAAUCCCUCAGGAGGCCCAGACCCAGACCACCAUCGCCUGGAAGCCUUACAAGCAGAGUUCAGAGUACCUGGUGUCCUGCAACCCACUGACACACGUCAACGAGAAGAUGUUCCAGAUGCGUCUGCCUGGUACCUCCACCAGUGCCACUCUGAUCGGCCUGACCAGCGGAGCCUCCUACAACGUUAUCGUAGAGGCCCUGAAGGGGGCACUCAAACACAAGAUCCUGGAGGAGAUUGUCACCGCCGGCAACACCCUGACAGAGGGUUCCACCGGCACAGAUAAGGACUCGUGCUACGACACCUUCACAGCGACCUACCAUGACGUUGGGACCGAGUGGGAGCGCAUGUCUGAGACGGGCUUCAAGCUGUGGUGCAGGUGUCUGGGACUAGGCAGUGGACACUUCCGAUGUGACUCCUCUAAGUGGUGUCAUGAUGGAGGUAACAACUACCGUGUCGGGGAAUGGGAGCGUCAGGAGGAGAAGGGCCCCAUGAUGAGCUGCACCUGCCUGGGCAACGGGAAGGGAGAGUUCAAGUGUGAACCACAUGAGUCCACCUGCUAUGACGAUGGGAAGAUGUACCAGAUUGGUAACCAGUGGCAGAAAGAAUACCUGGGAGCCAUCUGUACCUGCACCUGCUACGGAGGACAACAGGGCUGGCGUUGUGAGAACUGUCGUAGACCAGGUGCUGAGGUGGACUCUAGUCUGCUGCAGCCCGUCCGAUACAGGGACCCCACCAACACACUACGCAAAGUGAACAUCCAGUGCCCCAUCGAAUGCCUUCGACCUGAACUACUGGCAGACGCACUGGCAGAAGGACACAUCCCCCAGAAUCCCCUGGAGUAAAAGAUCAAUCUCCUCUUCCUUACCCAUGGUCUGUCAAGUCUCCUUGAAGAGGAGGUCGCCCUGUCCAGUUAGAGACAGACCUGAACUAACACAUCGGUGCCUUACUGAUCAGCUUAACCAUAUCUAAACACCUACAUACUGUAGGUCCAUGCCUUCCUAGUCUUAAGAGAACCCCCUACACACUGUAGGUCCAUGCCUUCCUAGUCUUAAGAGAACCCCCUACACACUGUAGGUCCAUGCCUUCCUAGUCUUAAGAGAACCCCCUGCACACUGUAGGUCCAUGCCUUCCUAGUCUUAAGAGAACCCCCUGCACACUGUAGGUCCAUGCCUUCCUAGUCUUAAGAGAACCCCCUGCACACUGUAGGUCCAUGCCUUCCUAGUCUUAAGAGAACCCCUGUCACACUGUAGGUCCAUGCCUUCCUAGUCUUAAGAGAACCCCCUGCACACUGUCAGAAUGUUGGUUAAGUUGUCUGUUGCCAUUUCCCUUUGAGACACUUAAGAGGUCAAAAGGAACAUUCCUUGUGUUCGUGCCUUAAAGAGAUUAAAAUCUUCCCCUGUCCCUGAAGGUAUGUGUUUGAAGUGCUUGUUAACAGUUCAGAUGUGCUUGUCUUUUACAAAUGAUACAUUUCCAAGGCUACCUGUCCAGUAUUACCGUUUGUCCUAAUCAUUUAUUAUUCUUUUUUUUUUUACUUCUAUAAAAUCUAAAACCGUCUGAAAUCAAAAGCACUGUUUUGAGAGAAUGUUGGUGUAGUUGCCAUGUCGACAAGUGUUUGAAAUCAUUUUGCUUUUUCUGUAGCCUCUGUGUAGACAGGGGUAGCACUGCCUGUGUGAUGGACACUGAGUUGUUGUAAUUUUGAAACUCUUUAAUGCAUUUUAUUUAUCCCUUUAAUCACAGCAUUGUUGUGUGAAUGUGAGACCUGGGGUGUCGACUUUGUUCUGGUUUUAUUUUUGUACUAAAAGGUGCCAAAGUUUGAUGGAGAUUCCCUUGUUUUGAUGAAGUUGAAAAGAACAUCAUGAAUUGCCUUUGUUUCUUGAAUAACUGUUCAUACAUAGAUUGAUGCACCAGUGUAAAUCUACGUAACAUAAUAAAAUAAAUCCCCAUCAAAAUC